AUGGUCAAAUCAUUUACCCUCGCCAUGUCGCUGGCUGCCACCAGCCUCGCUUCACCACUAACCUCCUCAUCCUCAUGGCCAGGAUGGAACAACAUCCACCACCUCUUCGUCUUCGGCGACUCCUAUACCCAAACCGGCUUCCAAACAACCCUCAGCCAACCCAGCGAAUCCAACCCAAUGGGCAACCCAUCCUACCCGGGCUACACCUCAUCCAACGGCCCCAACUGGGUUGGGUUCCUCACAACAACCCACAACGCCAGCCGCCUCCUCACAUACACCCUCGCCUCUGGUGGCGCCACCGUCGAUGCCACACUUGUAACUCCCUACGCCCCCACAGUACUCAGCCUAAAAGACCAAGUUCAAUCCCAAUUCCUGCCCACCUACGGCUCGCACCCAGCUUCCGCCCCGUGGACAUCCGACUCCGCGCUAUUCGCCUUCUUCAUCGGUAUCAACGACGUAGGGAAUAGCUGGUGGUUGGGCAACACGACGUUGUACGAUGCCAUUUUCACUGUAUAUGCAAAACAGCUGGACGACUUGUAUGAGACGGGGGCGAGGAAUUUCUUGUUUUUGAGUGUACCGCCGGUUAAUUUGGCGCCGUUGACGCUGCAGAAGGACGAUGGUGGGUAUGCGGUAAAGACGGAGGGAGAGAUUAUUCAGGAUUGGAAUAAGAGGUUGGGGGUAAUGGUAGAUGCAUUCCAGGCAAGGUAUCCUGGGACGACGAAGGCGUUUGUGCAUGAUACUUGGGGCGUGUUUAAGAGCGUUAUUGGGGAUCCAAAAAGCUUUGAACAGACUGCUGGGUUGAAGAAUGUUACGGGGUAUUGUGAGGCGUAUAAGAGUGGAACGCCGACGUGGUAUACAAAGGACGCGAGCUGCGAAUAUGCGGUCAAUGAGUACUUGUGGCUGAACGAGUUGCAUCCUACCUUUCCAGUGCACAAUGCUACAGCGGCGUCGAUUGCGAAGCUGUUGCAGAGUUAG